GCAACACAUACAACAACGAAAUCGAUGACGUUCAACACAUUUCCGGUUAAAUUAUGUCCACCAAUUCGGCACUGUUUACAUCGUGUUGUACACAAUAUGAUCCAGAUUUGUUAAUUAAAGACAUUUUGGAUGUUGAAAUUUUACCAACAAGUAAUAAGGAAAUAGAAGAUAUUGUUAGUUACAAUUGGAAGAUUGACACAAAGUACUAUACUGCGGAUAUAAAGUUAUGUACAACAAGGAAGCGGACUGUUGGAACUGCCGAGUUUGCUGAAAGUGUCCAGGCUGCAGUCAUAUAUUUUAAUGCAAGCCAGCCAGAAAGCUUUGACUUAGCAAAAGCAUGGUUGCCAUACCUAGAAGAAAUAUCACCAGCAAUACAGUUACUUGUAUGCAGAAACAUUCCUCAGAGUCAAGCUACUCAUAGACACAAUAUACAGAAAUGGUGUUUAGACAAUGACUUUGAAUUAGUGGAAUUAGAACCAGAAGUGAAACAGGAUGAAGAUGAUGAUUUUCAGGAGACUACAGGCAUCAAAAGAAUUAUUCAGGCUCUUCAUGCCCAUAUGUGGCCAGAUAUGGUUCUUAAGGAGAAUCAACACACAGUUAGUCCAUACAUGAGGAAACUAAUGGAGGAGGAGUCUUUAUCAAAGAAAAAGCAAGAUUUGGUGGAUCCUUCCAAGGGAGAUGACUCUUCAUUAAAAACAGAAAGGGUGAAAGAUGGUUCACUGGAAUCUGGUCAAUGUGAAAAAGAGACAAAUGGGCAGCUGGAAGAAAAAACACACCUCAAAGCAGGGAAAUCAGCACAUGAAAAUCCAGAAAAAACACACCCCACAGCAGGAAAAUCAGCACAUGGAGAUCCUGACAAGGAGAAGGCAGCCACACAUUCUACAACCAAGGAUAACAAACUCUUAGAAGACUUAAUUCCUGACAAUGACAAUGCCUUUAUGGAGUCUCUGUGUUCAGAAGAGGAGGAAGCGGAAUCAUUUGAACAACUUUUCUCCAAGUUUAGGCUUAUGAAAGAAAAAGCUGAGUCCCUACCACAGGAAGAGAAGAAAAAAUAUGCAGAAAAAGUUACCUUGGCAUUCUGGAAAGCCAUUGGUGGAGACGAGGAGGAGAUUGGUGACCUCUCUGACCUUAGUGACACUGAAAUGCCAUAAUGUCAAACAAAAGACUAAACUUUCAUAACAUUAACAUACCAAGAGAUAUGCCCCUCGACUCCACCCUAAAUAGGCAUAGCAAUACAGAAAAGAGAAGACAAUGGUACACAUGUUCUCUUCCUAGAUUUGCCAUAAGCUGCCAUAAGCUGCAACAUUAUUCAAUGAAAAAUGUUUGUUUUAUUUUACACUUACAGUUUAUCUAUUCAGUUUUUACAUUUAAACAAACAGAUUCUGAAAUAUAUACACUGUACAACUGAUGCAUGCAUAGGUAUGAUAAUUUGUAUUUUUUUCAAUGCUCAAUAGGUUUCAAGGAAUGCAGAAUUAUUAUCAGGAUAAAUAUUAGAUGUUUUUCAUUUACAUUUUUUGCUUUCAUAUUUUAUAGUUAAAUUUUGCUUUUUGCUUUCAUAUUUUAUAGUUAAAUUAAGUUGGACCGAAAUCAUUGUAUACAUUAAUACAUUUUUAUAUGAGACACUGAGAUUUCUGUUUUGUCAAUAAAUGUAUUUAUUUAUAAUUGCACUACUGUAUAUUAAGUGGAAUAUUUAGCGGGACGCAAAUUUAGCGAUUUAUCCUUAAAAAUCAGUUUUUAAUUUUAGCGAGAAGUAAUUUUAACGAUUAUAUGGUGCACAGAGAGAUAACGGUAACCUCUAAUGCAGAAUAAAUUGUUAGCGAUAUUUAAUUUUAGCGAUCCCAACAUCCUUGCUAAAGAUGCCAAAAUUGAAUCCUCGCUAAAAUUUCUGCUUAUAUGAUACUUUGACAACUGGCUAUAUUAAUUGGUUAAUAAAAUAAAAACGAG